AGAUAUUUUAAAGAAAAUACGUACUAAAAAACUUGAUAUCCCUGAAGUUACAAAAAUAUUAUCUGUCGAGGAUGAACCAUCAUUGAUAUAUACUAGUAGACUAUUAACCUCUAUAGUUUAUAAAGCAGUAAGACAACAUAAUGAAGUAGCAAGGCAAUAUAAUGAAACUAAAUGUGUCAUAGAUUGGGAAUCACACUGA